AUUGAAGAGCGGCGCUGUUUCCGCUAACUGAGUAAACAAGAUGGCGUCCGGCAGCGGGUCCAAUAAGAACGACUUCCGUCGGAAGUGGGACAAAGAUGAAUACGAAAACCUCGCUCAGAAACGUCUGGCGGAGGAGAGAGACCGAGAGAGGAGAGAUGGGAAAACGGCUCCACCGGUCAAGCGGGACCUCCUGCGUCACCGAGACUACAAGGUGGAUCUGGAGUCCAAACUGGGGAAGACCAUCGUCAUCACCAAGACCACUCCUCAGGCGGAGAUGGGCGGGUAUUACUGUAACGUCUGCGACUGCGUGGUGAAAGAUUCCAUCAACUUCUUGGAUCACAUCAAUGGCAAGAAACACCAGAGGAAUCUGGGCAUGUCGAUGCGGGUCGAGCGCUCGUCUCUGGAUCAGGUGAAGAAGCGUUUUGAGGUGAACAAGAAGAAGCUGGAGGAGAAGCAGAAGGAGUACGACUUCGAGGAGCGCAUGAAGGAGCUGCGGGAGGAGGAGGAGAAGGCGAAGGCCUACAAGAAGGAGAAGCAGAAGGAGAGGAAGCGGCGGGCGGAGGAGGACGUGGACUUUGAGGAGGACGACGAGAUGGCGGCGGUGAUGGGUUUCUCCGGCUUCGGCUCGUCCAAGAAGAGUCACUGAUGAUCUGUGAGGACGGCGACCUCGCACCGGGAAAGAUUGCUGCUCCACCUGCCGCCUCCGUCGGGUGGAGCUUCAGACCAGGAGGAGACUGUUCAGGCAGGAGUUCUGCUGAAGGCUGCGGUCGUUUCCACAGUCCUGCCGGCUCACCGCCCUGGUUCAGACUUUUACUUUAUUUACCGCCAGGCUCUUAUUUUGGUAGUUUAAUCCAUCACUCAGUCCGCUCUGAUAGUCGGCAGCUUCCGCUCUCACACACAAAAUGACGGUGAAAUAAACUGUUGUGGGUUAAAAAAAACCUGUAAACGCAGCAGGUUGAACAUGAAGCAGCCGUUUUUCUGAAACUUGCAAAAAUGAGACCAAAAGACAAAACUGAAGUUUUCUUUAAGAUUUGACUCCGAAUUUAAGUUCACACGGAAAAAAAAUCUGAAAAUGUUUGUCAUGUUUUGUUUGAAACCAUGGAAACAUUCAGAGGAUUGUUUGAGCUUUUUCUCCUUCACACAAACAUACAGAAUAUGAAUUAAGUGUCAGAACUGCGAGUCUGAGACAUGGAAAGUACUAAAAAGCUCAAACAGCCGCAGAAGUUUUAUCUGUGUCACAUCAGAGCUCGUUUGUAUCAGGACACGGCAUGUUGGGACAUUUUAAUAAACAGUUUUUAUUUCUA